CAUCUUCUCUUUUCAAUCUGUCGGGGGACACACUCAACAGUCGAAUCUGUCUCUCUCCUUCACACUCGCGACUCCUCUUUGUCCAUCUCUACCGCUCAAAGCCUCCCUCCCGCUAAUCGCUAAUCACACCGUCUCCGCGGUAAACCCUCCUUCUCUCUCCGUCUCCAAACGAUGGAAGACAUUGAUGCUGUCCAAAAACCAGUUGUUGUUGACCCUCCUUUACACAACGAAGCUCCUCCACCGGUGGUCGCCGGCGUAGCUCAGCCGGCGGAGUUUCAUCUCAUUCAGAGGAUUCAAAGAGCUCUUGUGGAACUGCGGGAGUUGAGGAACCAGUUUAAUGCUAUUCUUAGGGAAAUGGAGCUCGAAGUGAGAGGAGGAGGAGGAGGAGAAGAAGAAGAGGAAGCGGAAUCAUCAGUGGAGGAUCCAGAGGACGACGACUCUGACUGAUUCUUAGUUUAAUUAGGAUGUUUUAUGUUUCAAUCCUCUGUCCUGAUGAUUCUUUUGUUCUAGACUCUCUACUCUAGCGUGUGUGUUAGCUUUGUCUCUUUUAAGUCUAGUAGCCUUGUUCCUCUCUUGUUUUUAAACUGAGAAUCUUGGUUCAAAUUCAACCGAACAAACCCAUGUCAAAAGAAGAGCUGCGUUUGAUUGACUCUU